AUGGGGCGGGGGGGGGGGUUAGAGCAGCCCACCAGCCGACCGCCCCUCCUCACACAACCCCCCCCAUUUGGUGCCAAUCCGCUCUCUCGCCUGAGCCCCACCCAGCCAGGCGUCUCGGGGAGCCCGAAGGGGCCGCCCGCCAUCCCGGAACCGCAGCCGUCGCCCCCCCUCCGGGACCACGACGCUCGGACGGGCCCCGCAGCAGCGGCCAGCAGCCCCACAAGCCUCCCCAGAAGGCGGCGCCUGCUGGAGCGGAGGGAGAAGCGCCAAGUUCUCCGCGCGGCGGAAGAGGCGAGGCAAGGGCGCCCCUCUCGCCUCCGACUCGCCGCCCGGCGCCUUUCCUCGCGCGAAGAGCUCCGGGGGCAGAAGGCGCUCCCGAGCAGCCCGGGAGGGGAGUCGCCCGAGCCCCGCUGCCGCGGCCCCUCCAGCUCGCCGCCCGGUCCAGGCGGCGGCCUCAGGCCGGCCGGAGGGGCCCGCGGGCACGGAGAGCCCCCCUGGCCCCGGGGCCGUCGGAAAAGCGCUUCUCCCGCCGCCCUCUUUGCACGGAACCCCAAGAGGGCAGGACGACCCUCUAAGAUCUGGCCGGGGCAGGGGGCGCAGCUGGGCCGGGGGCGGCAUUCGGGGGGCGGCGGGCUGCCCUGCGCCGGGACUCGGCUACUCGGAGGAGACGGAGGGGGCCCUCCGCACAUGCCCCAGGGCCCCCCGCCGAUUCGGCCGCCACGCGCGGCUCAGCCGCCCCCUCCUGCUGGGCUCCGAGGGGGCCGAAGGCCGUCUCCACGUGCUCAGAGGCACUCUCGUCUUCGCCUACUCCGGCUCGGCGCUGCCUCGCGGCCCGCCCGCCCUUCCGUCCCCGCCACUGAUCGCCAGGCUGGAGCGGCUCCCGCCGCGGCCGCGAAGAGCUCCGAGGCUUCCCAGCGGCGCCCCCCCCCCCUGGGCCGGGCAUCGCCCCGCUCCCCGCCCCCCCCCCCGGGCUCUUCGGGCUGCCGCGCCAAGGACCCGCCCGCCCGGGCACCCACCUGGCCCGCGGCUCCGGCCCGAAGCGGGCGUCGUCGUCACUCCCCGCCGCGCCCGGCGUCCAUCCGGGCCCUGCGAGCCGCGCUGCAGCUGCCGUCGGGUCGGGGGCCGAAGCGCUCGGGCUCAGGCCAGGCGGCGCGCCAUUGA